AUGGGCUCCGGCGGAAAGCCCGCAAGGGCAUCGGGCUCCAAAUCGGCCCAGCCCUCGCCGUCGUCGGCCACCGCUGGCCCUGGGCCUUCAACCCUCGCCGCCAGCAACGAGGGUUCACCGACCCCGGCUCCGUCUUCCUCCAAGUCGCGAACGCGUACGACACGACGUAAGACAGAUCUUGCCAACAAGAACCCCGGUGCCUCGACUCCCCCGGUCAAGCAACUCGACGAGGACGAGGCGCAGGAGGAAGACGAGGAAACGCGUAAACGCCGCGAGGCACGCCGCGCAGAGCUCUCCAGUCUCGCGCUCGUCGUCGUCCAGCAGCCGGAACGCGCACGCUUGUGCUCGUUCAAGGAAGAAAACGAAACCAACGAUCGACGCCCCGUCGACCCGCCGCCCGUGAUUGAGCUCACCUCGGACGGCGAUUUUCCCAACCUCCUCGACUCUACAUCAUUCUUCAUCCGCGCUUCCCUCGUUGCCGCCGAGCAAAGCCCCGACCCGAAGACCGGUGAGAAUGUCUAUCCGACCGUCAAGACGCCGACGGGCGCGAACGCAACGGCCGGCGAAGUGAUCCAGACCCCUGAGCGGCUACGCCAUCUCGAUGGCAAGCCAGGAGCGCUGUGCAUCUUCGCCAAACUGUCCGUUCGAUUACCUGGAGUGUUCCGCCUAAAGUUCACCCUGUACGAGACGGCCCAGGACGGUAUCAUUGAGAUCACGCAUACGAUAUCUGAGCUAUUCGAGGUGUUUUCUCCGAAGCUGUUCAAGGGCAUGCACGAGUCGACUGCCCUUACCCGGCAUCUGGCGACGCAGGGCCUGAAGGUCAAGCUGCGCACUGAGGCGUCUGGACACAAAGGCUCGAACCGGCGGCGUGCCGCGAGACAGCAGCAAGAGCAACGUACUGCAAGCCCGAGCUUGCGUACGACGCCACUGCAACAAGCUCCACCCCCACACCUACGUUACGCCGUCUCGCUGCCUCCGUCCAUCGGCCCAUCGUCUGCGCCCCCGUAUCCGCCACCACACGGCAGAUCGCUGAUCUGGCCCGGAAGGCCGGGGCCCUACGACUACGACGCGCGGGAGUACGAGCACAUUCGCAAGAUGCGGCGCACGAGCCACGAGGGCCGCGGUGAGCCCCGCGACCCACGAGAGCGAGACCCGCGCGAUCCGCGCGAUAUGAGAGAUCCCAGGGACUACCGGUACCGCGAGCGUGACGAUGGGAUGUUUGCAUUGACGGACAUCAGCUCCCGGCUCGACUUUUCGCUCUCGUCGCCAUCGUCCGACCUGUCGGCGUUUUCGCUGUCUCACUCGGGACGCCCGGUGACCGCGCCUGGGAUGUAUCGUCGGGAAUGGGAGCCACGGCGCGAGUUCGCCCCAGGCGACGAUGGCUUCCCUCCCAUGCCUGGGCCGGCGCACGGCGGGCCGCCUCACUCGAGCGGCGGCCCUCCUCCCCACGGACACUAUGCCCAUCCUCCGCCGCCGCCGCCAUCGUCGCAUUCUGGACGACCGCUGUCGAGCCACGGCCGCCCUAUGUCGGGGCAUGGUCGCCCGCCAUCGAGCCAUGGUCGCCCCGCCCCUCCGCCUCCGGCAGACUUUGCUCUGCCAAGGCUUCCCCGCAUUGUGCCAGACCACCACGACCCCUACGACCACCAUCACCACCGCCCGCACUCGCCUCAUGCUCCGCACGCCCACGCUCCGCACGCACACAUGCCCCCAACGCCCCACCCGCACUACCCACCCGCACCAUACCCAUGGCCACCCCCACCACCCGCAUCCGCACGGUAUGACGUCCAGCCCGCCUCCGACCCUCCCGCCAAUCCGCCCCCGCUCGCCCUACAGGCCGUACGAGUACGACCGUGA